AUGGCUGAGCAACAUAAUAUCUAUGGGUACAACCCCUCUCUUCCCGCCGCUGUCAUCUUUAUCAUUCUCUUCAGCGCUUCAACCGCUCACCACGGCUAUCAACUCACGAAGUCACGAUGCUGGUACUUCAUCCCAUUCGUCAUCGGGGGAAUCUUCCAGGUCAUAGGAUACAUCUGCCGAGCCGCGUCGCAUGACAACUUCUAUGGAAUCCCGCUGUACGCCAUGCAGACACUCUUUAUCCUGCUCGCGCCGCCGCUAUACGCGGCCUCUAUCUACAUGGUCCUCGGCCGCACAGUCACCUACCUUCAGGCUGAGAACCUCAGCAUGGUGCCCAUCAAGUGGAUGACCAAGAUAUUUGUGACAGGAGAUGUGUUUUCCUUCUUCUUGCAAUGUGCUGGCGGCGGUCUCAUGUCCACAGGAGGCAAUAUGCGUGAAGCAGGUUCGAACAUAACUAUCGGUGGCCUGGUCGUCCAACUCCUCUUCUUCGGCUUCUUCGUGAUCGUCACGACGGUCUUCCACUUCCGCAUCUCCCGUCAACCGACUUCCAAAUCGCAGUUAGAUCGCGACCAGACCCGCGGUGAUGGCUGGAGACAGCGCAAUUGGUUCACAAUCCUUGUUGGAUUGUACAUCGCCAGCUUCCUGAUUCUCGUGCGGUCUAUUUUCCGCUUGGUCGAAUACAAAGAGGGUUACGAUGGGUACACCAUGACGCACGAGGUGUUCAUGUACAUAUUUGAUGGGCUGUUGAUGCUUAUCACCAUGCUCGUUAUGAAUGUGUGCCACCCCGCUAAGGUCAUAGGGAAUGGGAAAGAGGCAAGCAGGGAGUAUUCAGAUGUGGUGCAGCUAAGCUAG